GUUCAUGUCCAGGGAACAGGAGGAGAGCUGUGCGCAUCCUGGGAGCCAUUAUCACCGGUUAAUAAACACACUAAGAAACAACAUAUGUCUGUCUCCUUGCAAGAAGAAAAGGCAGAUCUACUGAAAUCCCAGAGGCUGAUAAACAUUCCUGACCUUUAGAGUUAACUUCAACCUAAAGCAGAUCAAUUUAACACCUUGAAGCAGAAACAGAGCUGUUGUUCUCCUUCACCAAAAACUGACAGUUACCUUCAGCUAUGAGAUUUUGCUACAGAAUUAAUUUCAAAACUUUGAUUUUCCUCAUGCUCCUGCAGGGGGCAGCAUUGUUGCUGUUCUGCAACUGGUACUACCAGCUUGGCUCAGCAGACUCUGCCCCUCCAGACCGUAAAGUUCACGUUUUGCUCCUUUCAUCAUGGCGAUCUGGUUCAUCCUUCAUGGGUCAGGUGUUCAGUCAGCACCCUUCAGUUUUCUAUCUCAUGGAGCCUGCAUGGCAUGUUUGGAGCCAAAUCAGAAAAUCUGGUUCAAGGACUCUACGAAUGGCUGUUAGGGAUCUAAUGCGGAGCUUGUACCAGUGUGACUUCUCUGUGAUGGAUGCCUACAUGUCAGAUAAGAGAAAAGCGUCCUCCUCCUUUUUUUUGUGGUACCAGAGUCGGGCUCUGUGCUCGCCUCCUCUCUGUGGCUUCACUCCAUUUGGUCAGAUAAGCAAUACGGAUCAGUGCCAAAAGGAAUGUAAUGGUCGACCUUUUGAGAUGGUGGAGAAAGCCUGCAAAAUCUACAGCCAUGUGGUCUUCAAAGAGACUCGAUUUUUUGAACUGGAAUCCCUUCACCCUCUUCUUAAAGACCCCAACCUUGAUCUUCGAAUUAUUCAUCUUAUCCGGGAUCCUCGGGCUGUGUAUCGGUCAAGAGAGCAGUCAGCCCUAGACCUCAAGAUGGAUAAUGCCAUCGUCUUGGAGCACAAAAACGUAACAGCAGCGGAGGAAAAUUAUGAAGUCAUGCAAGAAAUCUGCCGAAGCCACAUCCGAAUCAAUCAAAGUGCCACCCAGAACCCUCCUCCGUUUCUAAGAGGUAGAUACAAACUGGUCCGUUAUGAAGACGUAACACGCAAUCCGCUUCAGGAGGUCCAGGAUAUUUAUGAAUUUGUAGGUUUAGAGAUGACUGAUGAGAUGGCAGCAUGGAUAAAUAAUAUGACCCGGCCAAAGGGAAAAGUCAAGGUACAAAAUGCUUUCCAGAUUAACUCCAGAGAUGCUGUUCAAGUAUCCCAAGCUUGGCGCACAACGCUCCCCCACAACAAGGUCAAACGUGUUCAGGAGGUGUGUAAAGAGGCCAUGUCAUUGCUUCACUACAAGACAGUCGACAGUGAGAAAGAACAGAAAAGACUAGAUAUUGAUCUGUACAGGCCAGGAAAGCCAAAAGGGUUUGCUUGGGCGCCUGCUAAACCCCCAGAUAAAGGGAGCAAGUAAAACAUAUUAAGUCAUAACAAGAACAUAUGAACAUAGCAAAACACUGAUGCUGUAAUCAAUUCUUUGACAAAAACACCUUUCUCUGUUCAUUUCUUUAGAUCUAAGUGAUGAGUCAGAGAACAAAUGUAUUACAUGACAGUUCUUUUUUUAUUUGUAUGACAGUAUCGAAAAAAGUUAAAUGAAUGCAAUAGCCGGGAUACCAACAUAG